AUGACAUCGAAUAUGAAAAAUUCAUUUUUUCCUAAAGUACAAUACAAUGUACCACACAUCCGGCAACGUUUUCACUGGGAUUGUGGUGUUACGUGCGUCCUGAUGCUACUGCCAGAGGACAAGAGACUAGCAUUUUUAAAGAAUUUCUCACAAAUUUGUUUAGAGGAAGGGUUUGGGCAGAGCACUUGGACCAUUGAUCUGUGUUAUUUAUUGAAAAGAUUUAAUAUAAAACACUGCAUGUACACGACGAGGCAGACGCCUCACCUAAAAUGUUUGACUAAUUUUGAUAAAAGUAAAAUUAUGGAAGCUGAACGAAUAGCCAUGAGAUUUUCAAACGCAAAAUCUUUAGGAAUAAUAGUAAAGAACGGGACUCUUUCCAUACAAGAUAUCAUUUCCCAUGUAUAUUAUAAGGGACCAGCCAUCGUGUUGGUGGAUGCGGCAUUAUUAUCUUGCAAUUGGUGUAAAUAUAAUAAGAUGUCAUCUGAAAUUAGGCGUAUAUUCGGAGGGCGCUACCGCGGGCACUACGUGGUGGUGGUCGGGUGGGCCGGCGCGCUGCUGUACCGCGACCCAGCGCGGCCGCGCGCGCUGUGCGCCGCCGCGCCCGCGCGCCUGGACGCCGCGCGCGCUGUAGGCACCGACUGCGAUGUUAUACUUAUAUAUGAUGAUUAUAAA